UAGCUGUUUGUACUUCAUAGAUUUAGUACGACAUUUUCGGAAAUUCACAGUUUGGUUUUCUUAUUUAAAAUACUUGGAAUCAAAGCUAAUUUUAAUUUUAUUUUUUUUUUGAAACGGUCUCAUUUGAUUUUUGAAUUCUGCUUUUGACUUGAAGUGUACGUGCGCACAACUCAAACAGCAGUCAUACGAGUUGAAUGUUGGACGUCAGGAUUUGUUAUUGAAUUUUUGUUAAGAAGAAAGAGUUGAACAAAACUUGCAAUAGUCUACAUUGAAAUACAUUCAAGAUGCCCAACAUCAAACUUCAAUCUUCCGAUGGAGAAACGUUCGAAAUCGACGUAGAAAUUGCAAAAUGCUCUGUGACUAUCAAAACAAUGUUGGAAGACCUUGGAAUGGAUGAAGAUGAAGAAGAAGUAGUUCCACUGCCAAAUGUGAAUUCUGCCAUUUUGAAGAAGGUCAUUCAAUGGGCCACUUAUCAUAAGGAUGAUCCUCCGCCACCUGAAGAUGACGAAAAUAAAGAAAAACGUACCGAUGAUAUUUCGUCAUGGGAUGCAGAUUUUCUUAAAGUGGACCAAGGCACCUUAUUCGAACUUAUCUUAGCAGCUAAUUAUCUUGAUAUAAAGGGUUUAUUGGAUGUUACAUGCAAGACUGUUGCUAAUAUGAUAAAAGGAAAAACUCCCGAAGAAAUACGAAAAACAUUCAACAUAAAAAAUGAUUUUACUGCUUCAGAAGAAGAACAAGUUCGCAAAGAAAAUGAGUGGUGUGAAGAAAAAUAAUGACUCUUUGUUUAUCAUAUUAUUUAACUGAAGUGCAUAAAUUUUCUAAAUUUGACUGAGUCCAGUAUAUGAUUUUAUUUAUGGCAAUUAUAUUAAUAUUACCUUUGUAAAAAAUAACCAAUAUAAUGUUUGAUUUACUUACAAAUUAAAUGAAUAAAAACUGUAUUAAUAUUAAUUGUAUUGUUAAUGCUCUAUUGAUUAAUGAUUUAGUAGUUUUGUCAGUUAAAUUACAAAGUUAAAAUUUAGUUUAUACUGAAUUAGGUAAAGUUUGUAACAAAAAAAA